AUGAGCUCAAGCAGGCCAUUCGGUGACCACGAUGCCACAAAUACUCGUUAUUAUGCUCACCAAGUAUCCUCAACGUCGAAUUCAGGCCCUCAGCAGUCUCCUGACGAUGACCAGGACCAGCACGAGCUCGGCCCAGAUGCAUUUAUGAGCCUCUCGUCGGACAGCGACAAGCUGGCCAUGGAGAUGGUCGGAAUCAGCCCCACGACGUUCUCAAGCUCUGUCCAAUUUCAAGUUCCACGCUUUAUGCAAGAUUCGUUUGAUCCAGCUAUCCUCCAUUCAUCGACGUCGGCGUAUGCUCCCCUCACGUCUACAGCCUCGCAAUCACAGUCCAAGGACAUGACAUUGGCACCAGUUGAUUAUGCGACAGCAAGUACAGGAUAUCAAGGCAGUUUUAUUGGCUCCUCCGCUGGCUCAAAUGCGGCCUUCUCUGCGUUUCGAUACCCCGACGCACCAACUUUCCCCCCGAUCCACAUGCCCACCGAUGGCUAUCAGCUCCCUUCAAUGCCCACUGGAGACAUACCAGAUAGCGCAAUUUCAACAACUUCCAACCUCGCCCAACCGCCAGCCAGACUCCCGCGCUCGUCCGCCCUCGCAUUAAACGGACUGCCAAUAUACUCGUCAUCGGGAUUUGAUAUGUUAGAUAUUCUCGCGCGCAUUGCGACGCGUCCUCAGCCAAAAGUCGCCCUCGGACCGGUGGACAUGUCUUGUAGCUUCCUGGUCGUCGACGUCACGAGGGAUGACUCUCCAAUCAUCUAUGUCUCCAACACCUUCACCGAGCUCACUGGAUACACGGAAGCAGAGAUACUUGGGCGUAAUUGUCGCUUUCUCCAGGCUCCACCGGGCGUUCAGCUCGAGAAAGGUGGCCCAAGAGAGCACACCGACAUUGACAGCGUGACACAGAUGGCGCAGAAUCUUUCCCUCCAUCGUGAAUGUCAGGUGACCCUGGUCAACUAUCGCAAGAACGGAGAGGCCUUUAUCAAUUGUGUUUCCAUCAUUCCAGUUAUACCUGGUGGCAACGAACCCGUCCGCUAUCAUGUAGGAUUUCAGGUCGACUUGGCUGUUCAACCCCUCGCCAUUAUGAAAGCUGUUCAGACGGGCAGCUAUGUGACCAACUACAGCUCGACACCGCUCCCUCCCAUCAUUUAUCAGCCCAAUAAACUCAACCUGAGAGCAGUAUCAAAAGACAUGUCCGCUAUCAUCGGCAGAAUCGGAGGUAUUUCUCCUGCAUCCAUGAACGACAAUCAAGAUCGUCAAAAACUGAGCAUGACCCUCUUGGCGGAAUCUCCUGAUGCCAUUCUCGUCAUCUCCUUGAAAGGCUCCUUCCUUUACGUCUCCCCGUCGAUCUCACGUCUCCUCAAAUACGAAGCCGAUUACUUUCUCAACAAGAAUAUCUCCGACAUCUGUCACCCGUCCGAUCUCGCACCGACUAUGCGCAAAGUCAAGGAGUCUACUACUCCUGCUACACUUCAGACUACCACCCCGGCUGGCGCUACCACAAUCCCCGCGACCUCUGGAAUCCCCCCACAGGAGAUUCAGCUCGUCUUCCGUGCUCGAUGCGCUGACGGCUCAUAUGUCUGGGUUGAUUGCCCUGGAAAACUCCAUGCCGACACGUCCCGAGGUCGCAAGGCGCUAUUGCUGCGGUUGCGACGCAUCGAUAUGCCACGACUUACAUGGCACAAUGUCAAUCUCAAUGGCGGUGUCAGCAAAGACGAUUAUUAUCUGCGAGUCGCAAACGAUGAUCGGGGGUUGAUUGUCUCUUGUUUGAGAGGCAUCGAGGAGCUGCUGGGUGGGAAGAGAGAGGAUAUUGUCGGCAAGACAUUAAGCGAGCUCGUGAUCGACGAUCCUCAAGGCACCAAGCGUGAAGCAAUCCGCUCCGCACUCGCUGCAGGAGAGCAAGCUUGUGGUCAACAGAUCGCUACAGAGGAUUCGAGGGUGGUCUUUUGCAAUAUUCUCUCAGCAACAAGGCGUCGAAAUCCUAGCGAUAAGAAAAGCUCUAGCAAGUCUGGCGGGGGGACAGCGGUGCUGGCCACCACGGAAAUUACAUUCUUCCCUCCCAUGGCGAUGAAAGAAUACAUGCCCAUUGGCAAGCAUGGGGAAGCUGAAUCGUUCUGGACGAUGGCUCCGAAGACGAUGAUUGUCCGGCUUCGUGUGCUGAACCGGAGAACUAUGAGAAUGGAGCUCCCAGAGCUCACAGGACCAGCAUCAGUAUCUGCACAAAAGCACCUAGUAGCAAGUUAUCAACCCACGGGAUACGGCCUCAGCACCAACGAGAUGACCCUUGCAGCCGCGGUGUUGCCACGGCCCAUCACUUCCCCGCUGCAACUCUUCCGCCAGGAUGCGUCCUCUUCUGAUCAAACCUCUAGCAGGUCGGCAAAUCUGGCACGACGCAGUGGCUACCGUGUCGCUUUGCAAGGGGACGUGAAUGCGAUCGAUGAGCCUGUUGCAUCAGAUGGAGAUGCUUCCCCACCCGAACACGUGGACAAUAAUAAUGGUGGAGGGAAUGGGCCUGGCUCUUCGACGCAUUCUGCCAGUCCUGACGUUCUUGGUUCCAGCUGGCUAUACGAGCUUCAACAGCUUAGGAUACGCAACGAGAGACUCCGUGCAGAUGUGGCAAAUCGUCGGCGUGAGGUGCGUUCCCAGUCUAGGGUUCGUCCUCAGCUCCAUAACGCGCUUGGCACGAGAGCAACGGGCCGCCCGUCCAACGAUCAAAUACCUACAACUGGUUAUGCCGACACUAUCGCUCCAAGAGUGACAGCAUCUGCGUGGCCAGUCUCCUUCGCAACGCAAAUUGGGCGCAGCAAGCCACAAUCAGCACCACCAGCUCUAGAAAUGGACGGUUUAGCAGCACUGGCGCAGCAUCAUGUUUCAACACAGCUGCCUCAGGAUGGUGGAGGGCAGAAACGAACAUGGAGUCAGACAGACAUGAGCCACGAAUGGGGUCACUGGAAUCCAUAA